UCAUAAAAUAUCAAAGCAUUUGGGUAAUUUUAUCAUGAUUUGUCGGAUAACGACCAGUUUAAUUGUGAUUGUUAUACUAUUAGGAAUAGUCACGAGAAGCGAGUAUUCCAAUACUCGUGAUGUUAAAGUAGAUCGGCUCCUGAAGAAACUCAAUAAACCUUAUGUUAAAUCCAUCAAGAGUCCAGAUGGAGAUAUCAUAGAUUGUGUUCACAUGAAAAAUCAUCCAAUUUAUGAUCAUCCUUUAUUCAAAAACCACACCAUUCAGAUGAGACCAAGUUCUUACCCAGAAGGAUGGACCAAUAAAUACUCAAAUAACAAAAAACAAAAUAUGGUUGCUCAACUUUGGACAAUCAAUGGUAUAUGUCCAAAAGAUAGUAUUCCGAUCAGACGAACGAGAAAAGAAGAUAUUUUACGAGCAAAAUCAAUAGAAAAAUAUGGAAAAAAGGAACCCAACAAUAUGUUUUCACGUAAAUCAGUUAAUCAACCGAGACAAAGUGACACACAUGAGUAUGCUAUACUUAGACUGCAACCAAAUUCCCCUCAAACUAAGUUUCAUGGCACCCAAGCGUUUCUAAACGUGUGGAGACCUCAUGUACAAGAUGACGGCGAAUUUAGCCUAGCACAAGUAUGGGUUGUGGCUGGAAAUUAUAGUACUCUACUUAACUCCAUUGAAGCUGGUUGGCAGGUGUACCCUGAACUUUAUAGAAAUGGUAGUCGUCUAGUUCGACCAUUUGUCUAUUGGACUGCUGAUAGUUACAGGAGAACAGGUUGCUAUAAUACUAUGUGCAGCGGCUUUGUUGCUAUCAACCAGGAAUUUGCUCUAGGUGCACCCAUUCUUCAAGUUUCCUUCCAGGAUGGUCAACAAAUCGAGCUUUUCGUAAGUAUAUGGAAGGACCAUAGCACAGGAAAUUGGUGGUUGAAAUUUGGUCCUCAUUUUUAUGUUGGGUAUUGGCCCAACGCAUUGUUCAAUACUUUACAAACUGGUGGAGCUGAAGUCCACUGGGGAGGCGAAAUCGUAAAUUUAAAGAAUCACUCACGACAUACAACGACAGUAAUGGGAAGUGGAUCAUUUGCAGAAACUGGAUAUAAAAAGGCUAGUUAUUUUAGGAAUAUUCAAAUACUUGAUGAAUAUAAUACUGUGAAACAACCUGUAAGUGAUUUACGACCUGCUGUGACGCAUCCUAGUUGUUAUACCAUUAGGUAUGGCACUAAUCAUCCUACAUGGAAGACUUAUUUCUAUUAUGGUGGUCCUGGUGGAACUAACCCUUUUUGUACUUUAUAGAUGUAUGUAUGUUGUGUAUGAAUCUAUUAAUGGUGAUGGUGAAAUAAAAUGUAAGAUAAAAUUUUAGAUGGCCAAAAUUUGAA